UCAAUAGCUCAAAUACAUUGUUUUUAUAUUACAAAUAUAAAAUUAAAAUUAAAAUUUUCUAAAGAAAAUUUUAAUAAAAAUGAAUUAGAAAAUAUAAUUAAUGAAAUAUCAAUAUCAUUAAUUGAAAAUAAUAAUUUUUUUAAUAAUGAAAGUAAAAAUAAAGAAAAUGAAGAUAAAGAUGAAAAAAGUUUAGAUGAUAUAGAUAAUAGAUAA